GGCGAACGUAGCGGUUGCAGCACGGCGCUAACCGAAGCAUGAAACGGGAUGGAUUGUGGCUGAAAGCUGUCAUUUUGUGGCUGGUACCCCGCCAAAAGCACCAGCCACACACAGCCAAAAUCUUAGGGCAGGCAGGUUCAGAUCCCACAAUUGGGAUUUUUUCGAUUUCGUUGUUGUCUUGGAUCCUCGGUACGGUCUCCUCCUUCCCACGAACACCAUCCAAGUGCAUCUUGACAAUCACCAGCCGUCACCAUGCCUCCCAAGUUUGAUCCUAAUGAGGUGAAGGUUAUCACCCUCCGGGCCACCGGUGGUGAGGUUGGUGCCUCGUCGGCUCUUGCCCCCAAGAUCGGUCCUCUUGGUCUCUCCCCCAAGAAGGUCGGAGAAGAUAUCGCCAAGGCUACUGGUGACUGGAAGGGUCUCCGCGUGACCGUCAAGCUCACCAUCCAGAACCGUCAGGCGGCCGUCUCCGUCGUCCCUACCGCCUCCGCGCUCGUCAUCCGUGCGCUCAAGGAGCCCCCUAGGGACCGCAAGAAGGAGAAGAACAUCAAGCACAACAAGUCUGUUUCGCUUGAUGAGAUCAUCGAGAUCGCCCGCACCAUGCGCUUCAAGUCCUUCUCCAAGGAGCUUAAGGGCACCGUCCUCGAGGUUCUCGGUACCGCUUUCUCCGUCGGCUGCCAGGUCGAUGGCAAGAGCCCCAAGGCCGUCCAGGAGGCUAUCCACGCCGGCGAGAUCGAUAUCCCCGAGGAGUAAAUGUCGGCCACAAAAGGUCGGAUUGGGAUUCUUGGCAUGUGUUUAGGAGUUCAGGGCUUGCUUUACGAUCAGGCUUGCCAAACGACGGCAAAUCAAAAAUCACCAAAGACGAUUUGAAGGCCGAGCCGUCGUGUUCCUCGCCUUUAUGAUGUGUGCACUUUGUAUACAGCCGUC